AUGUCGCUCCAACAAGCCAAGAACGCUUUGGUCACUUCGCUCUUCGAGCUUUCCAACGCUGCCACCGAGGCUGCCACUGCAACCGUCAAUUUCUACAAGGCCGCUGGAAUUGAUGCCGGAGACGCCGCCGGCGACUCCUUGUCCACAUUAAGUGACACUAUCCACGGUGCCGUUGAGUCUGUUCUCAGUUCUGUUCCUGAGGCCAAUGGCGAAGUCAAGAAAAAGGCUCCAAGAGCCAAGAAGGCGGUAAAGGCCAAGGAGCCUGAAAAGGAUGCUGAAGUGACUGACGAGAAGGCUGAGGCCGUCACUGACGAGGCACCAGCUGAACCAGCCAAAGAAAAGGCUGAAAAGCCAAAGAGAAAGCGUGCUGAGAAGGACCCUAACGCUCCAAAGAAGCCAUUGACUUCGUACUUGCGGUUCAAUCUCAGUGUGCGUGAGCAGAUGAGAAAGGAGAGAUUUGAGAAUGGUCAGCCAACCUAUCCUGCCACCGAACUCAACCAGAUCAUUGCUGAUAGAUGGGCCAACUUGGAUGAGGCAGGCAAGGCCGAGUUGCAGAAGGCCUACGAGGGCGAAUUCGAGGUGUACAAGAAGGCAUUGGAGAAGUACAACAAGGAGAAGGGGGAGAAGGUUGAGUCCACUGAGGCCAGCAAGGAAGGAGACCAGAAGCCAGCUGAGGUGACUAAGCCAGUCAAGACCGAGAAGGCUAAGAAGUCGGUGACCGAAAAGACGGAAAAGCCAGAAAGCGCUUCCCCAACCAAGAAGGCCGAAGUCGACUCCACAGUUAAGAAGACCGAAACUGCUACUCCUAAAAAGAAGAAGGCCAAGAAGGUGAACGGCGAAACUGCCACCACCGAGAGUGCUGCUCCAGCUACUGAAGCAGCUAAGGAGACUGAAACUGAAGAGCCAGCUAAGAAGACAAAGAAGAGAAAGGAGAAAGAAAGUGACGACAAGAAGUCCAAGAAGAAGAAGAGCGAGUAA